AUGUCCGUAGAGUCAAACAAUAACAGCAAUGUAUUUGGCCAUGUAGCUGCGGGAUGGGAGAGUAUACGUGCAGUUUUUGAACAAAAUUUAAAUGAAGGUCUCGAUGUCGGAGCAAGCUUAUGUAUUUAUUAUCGAGGGGAAUGUGUUGUGAAUCUGGCGGGUGGCUGGAAAGACGCAAAAACCAAGCAAAAACCAUACACACCUGAUACGCUACAACUUGUUUUCUCAACGUCCAAAGGAAUUGCAGCUGCAGCUGUUGCACUAUGCGUCGAAAAAGGAUGGCUUGAUUAUCAGACACCUGUUGCUCAAUAUUGGCCCGAAUUCGGUGCUAAUGGGAAGCAAGAUAUACCGGUAAGCGAUCUUCUUGCUCAUCGCGCUGGAAUACCAUGCGUUGAUCAGGAUCUUACGCCAGCUGAUGUGUAUGAUUGGAACAAAAUGACUUCUUUAUUAGCUGCUCAGAAACCUUACUGGAAGCCUGGAUCAGGUCACGGUUAUCAUGCUUACACGGUUGGAUUUUUAGUUGGUGAAUUGAUUCAACGCGUCGAUCCACAGCAUCGUUCCUAUAGUCAAUUUGUUCGUGACGAAUUAGAUUCUGAAUUCUACGUGGGAAUACCUGAUGACCAAGUUGAAGCACGCGUCGCUCCUCUCCUUGAAAAAGAGAGUAAUAUACCUGCUGCUAAUUUUCCUCCGAUGGAACCGAUAGUAGCGAGAACUAUUACGUGCAGUGGUGCUUUCCCUAUGCAAUCAGCCAAUAGUGAGGCUUAUUUUUUCAAUGAUCCUCGACUACAUCGUGCAGCUUUGCCCGCUGUUAAUGGUAUUGCGAAUGCUCAUACUAUGGCGCGAAUCUAUGCUUCGCUUAUCGAUGAUAUUGAUGAGAACGGUCAAAAGAAAAAAUGUCUUCUAAGCAAGAAAGUAUUAGCACUGGCUACUGAAAAUGUUACACCUGAAAAUGAAGUCGAUCAAAUUAUGUUUGGUUUAGCAUCAACUUUUGCAAGAGGAGGAUUUCAACUGUAUGACAAUAUGUUCAAUGUAUUGAGCGAAGAUGCAUUUGGUCAUAAAGGUAUGGGUGGUAGUCUUGCAUUUGCGUCUCCUUCGUAUCAUUUAGCCUUUGCUCAUAUAUGCAAUCAACUGAACAGCAGUGUGUUGGCGGUUGACCCACGAAGUCUUCCCAUUCUAUGUAUAUCUCUUCGAACAAAAAUUUGA